AUAUCUUUUCCUUUCUUUCUAUUGGCUAUAAUUUAAUUACAGUUUCCUAAAUUUGAAAUUUUAAGUUCUGCGAAGAAAUUGGGCCUUCAACUUCCAUUCCAUCGGAAAUUAACUCCUUAUGGACGGGAUGGUCCUCUCCAAAAUGUAAUAAUACUUGUGGUAAAGGAUUUAUGGUAGCGAUUGCAUCAUGUCAAGAUCUAGCAACAGGAAAACCAGCCAUAGACUGCAUCGGUCCAGGAUCGUUUUGCUGUCCAGAUAGUUUCGUUAAAUGUUACUGCGAGGUAAACAUCGUCAAUGGAAUUAUGAGAGCGGCCAGGUUCACAGAACCUUGCAUUUCUACCGAAGGGUGUAUCUUAAGCAACACUGGAACAUUCACUUUCGAAGGAGAACUUGAUCCUGGUAAUAACAUCAACUUCGACGAAUCUUAUGAGAAUGAUGCUCGUGAAAGAUUCGAAGACACGUUGUGUCCCUCGGAAUCAGCGCGAGCGGUACAACGUAAUCUCCUAUAUGCCCAUGCUGCUGAUCAUGAGGAUGAGUACGUGUUACGCGAAAAUAGACUGACAAAUAAAAACUUUAAACGCAACCGUGGAAAUCGUUCCGUUCUGAGAAGUCGAUUAGGCGAUGAUGCCGACUAUGCCAACCAAGACGAAGACGACGAUGACAAUGACAGCGACAACGACGACGAUGACGAAGAAGGGAUCGAUAACAAGAGUGGUGUCGACGAUGAAAAGGGCGACGAGGAUGACGAAGACGACGAGGACGAGGAGAACAGAGACGAGAUGGUGAACGAGUCGGAGGCAGCGCGUUUUUACGAUUACGAAUCCAGGGAAAGUACAUCAUCCGGUUUAAGAAUUGGACUCGCCUUGGAAUUGAUAGCAUUGUCCAUUUUAUUCUGGCUUUUUGAAUGUUAGCGGCCUAGCAGAAUAAAGAUAGAAGAUAACUAUUCUUAGUUCGAAGAGAAGUAAUUAAUCCAAAGUAGAAGUCGUUCUGCGACAAGGAAUAUAUAUAAUUAAAUGAAUUUAAUAAAAUUAUAAGU